GCGCAGUUUGUGGUGAGGCGACCGUUAAACGCGAUUAAGUGUUUCUACGCAUGAGUUUAGCUUGCCAACGUCUACCAGUGGGAUUUGGGAUUUCUAUUGGAGAAUCAUACUGUACUAACUUUGGCUAUAUCGUAAACAUAGAACCAAAAAAAUGGCGGAAGCACCUCCAUGGCCCAGCCGGUUUUUCUGUCACAGAUGUUCGGAAGAGAUCAGCCCUCGUCUCCCCGAUUACACAUGUCCUCGGUGUGAAUCUGGCUUUAUCGAGGAACUGCUGGAGGACCGACGCAGUGAAAAUGGGUCCACAUCCACCAUCUCCAGCGGUGACCAGAACCAACAUCCAUUUGAGAAUGUGGACCCUUCAAAUAUAUUUACGUUCCCCUCGGGUUACGGCCAGUUUGCUAUGGGUGUCUUUGACGACUCCUUUGACUUCGGAGCGGGGCUGGGAGGAGCUGGGUUGGGAGGAGCAGGGCUAGGAGGAGCUGGAUUGGGAACAGAGGACAACCGCGACGCCGAGAAUCGGCGAGAACGGGAGAUGGCAUCACGGCAGCGAUACGGCGCCAGACAACCUCGCGGUCGCCAUGGCGUCAGAAGGCAGGCAGGGAGACCGGAGGGAGUGCCCACUUUAGAGGGAAUCAUUCAGCAGCUAGUGAAUGGAAUAAUCGCGCCUGCGGCAGUGCCAAAUAUUGGUGUGGGACCCUGGGGCGUGCUUCACUCAAACCCCAUGGAUUACGCCUGGGGUGCCAACGGACUAGAUGCAAUCAUUACACAGUUAUUAAAUCAGUUUGAGAACACUGGCCCUCCACCAGCUGAUGGGGACAAAAUCAUGAGCCUUCCCACAGUCCUAAUCACACAGGAGCAUGUAGGCUCUGGUCUAGAAUGUCCAGUGUGUAAAGAAGACUACAGUGCUGGAGAAAACGUUAGGCAACUUCCAUGUAAUCAUUUGUUUCACAAUGAUUGCAUAGUACCCUGGCUUGAACAGCACGACACAUGUCCAGUGUGCAGGAAAAGCUUAAGUGGACUGAACACAGCCAUGAAUCCUCCAGGUCUAUCAGGGAUGAACUUUGCCUCUUCCUCUGCACCCCCGUCCUCCAGCUCAACCAGCAAUGAGAACUCGGCCAACAACUCCUAAAAAACAUUUCCCUUCCCACACAACCCAGUGAACUGCCCCUCCUCGGCCAGUUGGGUACCAGUCUCACCCUGUCAAGGGGAGCUGGAGCAACCACCCAGUCUCCUCCUCACCUGGAUCACUGCCUCACACUGGACCGGAGCCAGCAGGAAUCCAAUUAAAGGAAAGUCAGUAUGUUUCUGCCCCACCCGAGGCUCUCCUCAAGCCUUCAGGAAUGUUGCUUCUUGCUGCGUGGAAGGAUGGAUUCGGCCCUAGCCUGGGGAAGAUAUGGAGGAUAGAAACAUUAGGAGGGUCACUCUGGAUAACCUCAACAUGCAACAGAACAAGCCAGUUAGUCCUGCAUUCUGAGGGGGGACUGGGGUGAGAAGACCAGAAAGAUCUCUCCCAAGUCAGUUGUUUUUUUUUAAAUAUUUUUUUUGACAUGUUUUAUGAGCAUUCACAUUUGUACUGCUAAAGUUCUUAAAUGAAAACUUUCAGGAGUAAAGGAGGCUGAGUAUAGGAUGUGUACUUGGUUUGGAUUCUGCAGCUAUUUUUUUCCAUGGAUUGGAAACAUCUAUCAAAUUUGAAGUGUUUUUCUCAAACAGAAAAGCGUUUACCCUUCAUACAAUGUAUUUUUACAUUGAAUGAACCAGCCCCCAAUAAUUUUCUAAUUGACUGAAGUUGUAUGUGCACCAUUGUUUUGCCCUUUGAAUUAAGAAACAAACUACAUUUGGCUAUGUGUUUUUUGGAGAACUGACUUGGGUGCUGGAUUAAGUCAAAGGUUACUACAUUCCUCUUUGUAACGACAGAGGUAAAGAUCCAGUAGUUAACCUGCUAGACAGAUUCUAACAGCCUUUUCUCAUUCAAUCAUACAUAAUCAGCACGUUUCAGUGAAUUGGUUUUUUCAAUUUUUUAAUAAUUUUUUUAUUCUAAGUGAAUUCAAUGUUUUUGUACAAUUCACAGUAGACAAGUGAAAUAUAUAGAUUUGCAGAUCAUGUAAAACCCUGAACAAAACAUGAACUGAUGAGAAAAUAAAGAUCUUUAGGUGCUACCACUGUAAUACAAAAUGGCUAUUAUGUGGUGGGCCGUAGCAAGCUAUCUGGUUUAGUUUUUGAGAUGAUUGAGAGCUCUAAGGAGGCACUUCUGAACACAUUUUUUUUAAACGCUGCCGAGUGCUAAACUAAUCCAGUCAAAACUCAUGUACUAUCACCUCCAUUUUCUAGCUCACACAUGACAUUCCUUUUCUGUGAUUUAUUUAUUUGAUUAAUUGUCUGUCACUUGUCUCACAUGAUCUAUUUAGCUCUCCUGUGUCCUACUCCCAGAGAAAAUGAAUAAUAGAAUACACAAGGUGCAAUUUCAGAAUGGUUGUGGGUAUGCAGACCCACCAGCCACUGUCCCCUCAUGAGCUCCAUUUUUUUUGGUGGCUCAUGAAGUUGCCCAUAGCCUGGUAUAGAUAGUAUAGCUUUCAUUUCUGGACUGUAAGAUUGUGCCCUCAAUAGCACUUGAUUGGUAGGUUAUACUAUAUAUACAGUGGCUUGCGAAAGUAUUCACUCCCUUGGCAUUUUUCCUAUUUUGUUUGCCUUACAACCUGGAAUUAAAUUUUUUUGGGGGGGUUUUGUAUCAUUUGACUUACACAACAUGCCUACCAUUUUGAAGAUGCAAAAUAUUUUUGGUGAAACAAACAAGAAAUAAUACAAAAAAACUAACUUAAGGGUGCAUCACUGGGAUCUUUGCCCAUUCUUCCAAGGCAAAACUGCUCCAGCUCCUUCAAGUUGGUUGGGUUCUGCUGGUGUACAGAGAUCUGGGAUUUGACUAGGCGCUUAAAUGUUUCCCCUUAAACCACUCAAGUGUUGCUUUUUUCCCCCUGUAUUUUGCUCCAUCCAUCAUUCCUUCAAUUCUGACCAGCUUCCCAGUCCCUGCCGAUGGUGUUCUUGGGGUGAUGGGAGGUGUUGGGUUUGCACCAUACAUAAUGUUUUCUUGAUGGCCAAAAAGCUCAAUUUUAGUCUCAUCUGACCAGAGUACCUUCUUCCAUAUGUUUGGGGAGUCUCCCACAUGCCUUUUGGCAAACAUUUAUUUUUUCUUAUUUUCUGGCCACUCUUCCGUAAGCCCAACUCUAAGGAGUGUACGGCUUAAAGUAGUUCUAUAGACAGAUACUCUAAUCUCCGCUUUGCAGCUCCUUCAGCGUUAUCUUUGGUCUCUGUUGCCUCUCUGAUUAAUGCGCUCCUUGCCUUGUCUAUGAGUUUUGGUGGGCGGCCCUCUCUUGGCAGGUUUGUUGUGGUGCCAUAUAUUCUUUCCAUUUUUUAUAUUUUUUAUUAAUAGAUGUAAUGGUGCUCUGUGGGAAGUGUCUGAUUUUUUUAUAACCCCACCCUGAUCUGUACGUCUCCUUUGUUCCUGACCUGUUUGGAAAGCUCAUUGGUCUUCAUGAUGCUGCUUGCUUAGUGGUGUUGCAGACUUUGGGGCCUUUUAGAACAGGUGUGUAUAUAUACUGAGAUCAUACGACACUUAGAUUGCACACAGGUGGACUUUAUUUAACUAGCUAUGUGACGUCUGAGGUAAUUGGUUGCACCAGAUCUUAUUUAGGGGCAUCAGCAAAGGCGGUGUAUACACAUGCACGCACCACUUUUCUGUUUUUUU